UAGUGCAUUUUAGUUCAAAUUUAAAUUUUCUGCCUAAAACUGUCAGCGUUGUGUCGUUGUCGGGUAAAAACUCUACGCUGCAUUUGAAUUUAAAUCUGCCAUCGCUAUUGGCUAAGAGGUACCCUAGAACGUUAGCUGGUACCAUAUGAUGUCACAAUGUCACUGUGUGUGUGUGUGUGUGUGUGUGUGUGUGUGUGUGUGUGUGUGUGUGUGUGUGUGUGUGUGUGUGUGUGUGUGUGUGUGUGUGUGUGUGUGUGUGUGUGUGUGUUUGUUAGCGGCUCCGCCCUCUCGGUCUGCCAGGCAACAGCAUUUGUUGCGUUUUUCAAACAGGAAGUGGAAGUGGAGUAAUACUCUGGUAGGGAGUGGCUUGCUCUUUAACUUUGGACUUUGUUUGCCUUUUUCUGUGUCACCAUGACAACAUGUUGUGCAGUUUGUGUUUAUGAGGAAAUUGGAGCAAAAAAAAUUGUGAGGGAAAAAAUAUCUUUUGCAUGAGCAAAAUCUUAAAGUCAGAUCUUCAUAAAGCAUCCAUCAGAAACCAGAAACAAAAGCAGAGAGAUGAACCGUCCUCCAUCCUGCUGUAGGAGAGUUCAACUUGUUGGUGUUCUGCUAUUUUUUUACGUGUCAAACUUUUAUUUCAGUGAUAUUUAGAUAAGAACGUUUGAAAAAAAUAUGUGAAUGUGUGACAUGCAAUUAUGCUAUCCAUCCACAUGAUGCAGCUUCAUCUUUUUAUUUGUUUUUUUUUCUUUUUUCUUUAUUUCAUUUUUCAUUUAUUGACAUUAAAGUAAAAAUACAGAAAAAAAAUUACAAGCCAAAAUGAAAAAGGGGACAGAAAGAAGAAAAACUUAUGUUAUCUGCCCCUUUUAACUAAAAUAACAUUAAUACAAGAAAAAUUGAACAAUAUAUAAACAUGUUUUUGGUUUAAAUGAUCUAGUUUACACUCAUGACAACUCUGAGGGGCGUGAAUGUUUUUCUCACUCUUCUGUUUAGGUGUAUUAAAAGCCUAAAAUUCUGUAUAAUUAAUGAGCAUCAGACCCACGUGACCACAGAGCUAGCUCCGUGGAAAGGCCUCAGUAGAGCCUCGGUCUGGCCUGGAAACUGUUCCGGGAUUUUGAGUCUCUGUGUUUGUGUAUUCUGUUUUGGAUAUUUUUGUGCAAUUGUUGGACAAAAUGACUUGCUGUGGCAUUAAUUGCACUAAUAGAGCGUUCAAGGAGUCUCCACUUCAUUUUUUUUAUAAGUAAAAUUAUAUUUAUGUAUUUUAGGUCACUGCCGAGCUGAGCUUAGAUUUUAACAUGUACUGUUUAACCAUGAAAUUUAAAUGUAAUAGGGUAAAACCCAGUGCAUUUAACAUAAUGCUGCACUUUAGAAAAUGGGUUGAAAUAUAACAUGUUGGUGGAGCUGGGUUCCCACUAUCGGCUUGUGGAGAUCUCGGGAGACCGAUGUUUUCCACCCGGUUUUACCCAGCGGUCAGCCCGGCGUAUCUCUGACUCAGAAACAGGGGCGUAAAGGGAGUGGCCUGGGGUAGCACAUGCCACCUUUGGAAUCUGAUUGGCCACCCCAGGUGCCACCACACUAAUUUAUCUUUAAAUAGGCUUUUCAUUGCCCACAAAAGGCUUGGGGGUAAAACAAACAAAGCAUAACCAUUGGUGCCACCCAUGCACAAAGCUGUGCCUCACCUGGGCCACCCCAUUUUUAAAGAUCUGGACACGCCACUGCUCAGAAGCUCUGGUGUUGUGCACUCCGGUUGUAGCUAGGUUGCUACCUCCGUUAGCUUAGCUCCCACCUCCGCGUUAGCUUUGGGUUAGCUUCAGGUUAGCUUGUAGCUGGUUCGACCGGGUGUCGUCAGUUGAUCCCAGCCUUACAGCCCCACCCUCAGCUCCACCUCUCUUCCCUUUUGUGGAAUUGUCUGGGCUUGACGGAACCUGUGACACGGUCAAAAUGGCGGUGGUGGCCACCUCCCAUUUCUCUUCAAAAAUGUGUUAUUGGAGCUAUGGAAACCCAUUGUCCAUAUAUGUAAAUGUCGAUGGUUUUCACCUGCGACUGGCUAGCUCAGCGGUGAGAUCCCUGCAGAGGCGGUUCCCAAAGCAACGCCAGCCUGAUUACGUAAUGCCCAAAUCUGUGCGUAUUUAUGUUGUGGAUGAAACUUGAUGCGGACUUAAUUGAUUGAUGAAGCUGCACAAAAGCAAUCAUGGUGCUGAUCGGUGCUUGUGCAACAUGCACACAAAGCUUCUGCAAUAUUUGGACAGAACUGUCAAACCAGACCUCAUGACAAAGUUUGGGCCGUUUUAGAUUUAGUCACAGUUCCUCCCUCUGACCAAAACACGGCAGUUCAGCAUUUCUACAGACAGAGAGAGAGAAAUCAGAGCAAGGCAGACAGAAAGCUGCAUCUGAAGAGGGCAGAGAGAGGAGAGCUGGCAGAACAAAGUCAGGUUGGAGCAGCAAAAACACGUCCGAGGAGAUGUGACGCUCAGAUGUUUCUGCUGUUAAACGUUCUAAAGGAGUUUGAGAUGACGGUGAGGAGGGACUUCCAGCAGAGCUGGUUUUCAGUCGUUCUGCCCCUGAUCAGAAAGAAACAGAAAGGACUGGAUGGAGGAAAGGCGAAAAAGAAGCAGACAGAGGAGGAGAGAAAGGUCAAAGCCAACGACAGGGAGUACAAUGAGAAGUUCCAGUAUGCGAGUAACUGCAUCAUGACAUCGAAAUACAACAUGCUUACCUUUCUGCCUGUCAACCUGUUUGAGCAGUUCCAGGAAGUAGCCAACACAUACUUCCUCUUCCUGCUUAUCCUGCAGUUGAUACCUCAGAUUUCCUCCCUCUCCUGGUUCACAACCAUUGUGCCUUUGGCUCUGGUGCUGAGCAUCACUGCAGUAAAAGAUGCUACCGAUGACUAUUUUCGCCACAAGAGCGACAACCAAGUGAACAAUCAUCAAUCUCAGGUCCUCAUCCGAGGCUCGCUGCAGAAAGAACGGUGGAUGAACGUCAGAGUGGGUGACAUCAUUAAACUGGAAAACAACCAGUCUGUGGUGGCUGAUUUGCUCCUGCUGUCCAGCAGCGAACCUCACGGUCUGUGCUACAUAGAAACAGCCGAGUUAGACGGAGAGACGAACGUGAAGGUGCGUCAGUCUGUGUCGGUGCCGGCUGAACUCGGUGACCCAAACAACCUGGCCACGUUCAACGGUGAGGUUGUGUGUGAGCCUCCCAACAACAAACUGGACCGUUUUUGUGGGACGUUGUACUGGAGGGACAAAAAAUACCCACUGAUCAACCAGAACAUGCUGCUCAGAGGAUGUGUCCUCCGCAACACAGAGGCCUGCUAUGGCCUGGUCAUCUUUGCAGGCCCUGAUACCAAGCUCAUGCAGAACAGUGGCCGCACCAAGUUUAAACGUACGAGCAUCGAUCGACUGAUGAACACUCUGGUCCUCUGGAUCUUCGGUUUUCUGGUGUGUAUGGGUGUGAUCCUGGCUGUGGGUAAUGCAGUGUGGGAGAAAGAGGUGGGGUCUUUGUUCCAGAGCUAUCUGCCCUGGGACCCUCCUGUUGACAACUUCCUGUUCUCAGCCUUCCUCUCCUUUUGGUCCUACGUUAUCAUUCUGAACACAGUGGUGCCCAUUUCUCUUUAUGUCAGUGUGGAGGUGAUCCGGUUGGGUCACAGCUACUUCAUUAACUGGGACCGGCAGAUGUUCUGCUCACAGUGCAACACAGCCGCUGAGGCCAGAACCACCACUCUGAAUGAAGAACUAGGUCAGGUUGAAUACGUCUUCAGUGACAAGACUGGAACUCUUACUCAGAACAUCAUGAGCUUCAACAAGUGCUCCAUCAAUGGACAAGCUUAUGGUGAAGUCACAGAAACAGAGGGAACGCAGCAAAAGAGGCUGGACUUCACUCCUUUCAACCCCCUGGCAAACCCAGAUUUCUGUUUUUACGACGAAAAGCUGCUGGAGUCGGUCAAAGUGGGCGACUGGCACUCUCACGAGUACUUCCGCCUUCUGUCUCUGUGUCACACCGUUAUGAGUGAGGAGAAGAGUGAAGGAGAGCUGGUUUAUAAGGCUCAGUCUCCAGAUGAGGGAGCUCUGGUGAAAGCAGCUCGAAACUUUGGCUUUGUGUUCCGGUCUCGAACGCCGGGGACAAUUACCACCACAGAGUUGGGCCGAACAGUUACCUACUCCCUGCUCGCCAUACUUGACUUCAACAACAUUCGCAAGAGGAUGUCUGUAAUAGUACGCAACCCAGCAGGCAGGAUCCGUCUGUACUGUAAAGGCGCCGAUACCGUCCUGCUGGAGAGACUCCACCCAUGUAACCAGGAACUGAUGACUAUCACUUCAGACCACCUUAAUGAGUAUGCAGCCGAUGGGCUGAGGACACUGGCGCUGGCCUACAGGGACGUGUCUGAGGAGGAGUGGGAGGUCUGGUCGGAGAGCCACCGCUCUGCCGACAAGGCCGUGGACUGCAGAGAGGACAGGCUGGCUGCUGCUUACGACAAGAUUGAACAAGAUAUGAUGCUCCUUGGCGCCACGGCGAUAGAAGACAAACUGCAGGAAGGUGUCUCAGAAACCAUCGCUCUCCUCUCUCUGGCGAAUAUUAAGGUCUGGGUUCUCACAGGAGACAAGCAGGAAACAGCCGUCAACAUCGGUUACUCCUGCAAGAUGCUGACGGAUGAUAUGAUGGAGGUGUUCACCAUCAGUGGACGCACGGUUCAGAGCGUACGACAAGAACUAGGGAAUGUCAGAGAGAGGAUGAUCGAGCUUACACGGGAAAGAGGAAAAGACGGAGGAAUGGAGGGGUGGGCCGAGGCAAGCUUCCCAGGUAAUGGAUUUAGAGAAGGGCAAGAAGGAGAUGGUGUGGCAGGAGAUGACCAGCUCCAGGGCUCCCCUUGUCCUUUACCUCCAACAUACCUAAUGGACAACAUCUCUGGAGAGUUUGGUCUGAUUAUCAACGGUCACAGUUUGGCUCACGCACUGGAAGCAGACAUGGAGGUGGAGUUUGUGUCGACAGCGUGUGCGUGCAAAGCAGUUAUAUGCUGCAGAGUUACACCGCUGCAAAAAGCCCAGGUGGUAGAGCUCAUCAAGAAACACAAGAAGGCCGUCACUCUGGCCAUAGGAGAUGGCGCUAACGACGUUAGCAUGAUCAAAAGCGCUCACAUCGGAGUCGGCAUCUCUGGUCAGGAGGGCAUCCAGGCUGUGCUGGCCAGCGAUUACUCCUUCGCCCAGUUCCGCUUCCUGCAGCGCCUGCUGCUGGUGCAUGGCCGCUGGUCCUACCUUCGCAUGUGCCGCUUCCUCUGCUACUUCUUCUACAAGAACUUUGCCUUCACCAUGGUGCACUUCUGGUUUGGCUUCUUCUGCGGCUUCUCAGCCCAGACGGUGUAUGAUCAGUUCUUCAUCACGCUCUACAACAUAGUGUACACCUCCCUUCCUGUGCUGGCCAUGGGGAUAUUCGACCAGGACGUUCCAGAUCACAGAAGUCUCGAAUGCCCUAAGCUUUAUGAGCCCGGCCAGCUCAACCUGCUCUUCAACAAGAAAGAGUUCUUCAUCUGCAUCGCUCAGGGCAUCUACACGUCCGUGGUGCUUUUUUUCAUGCCCUACGCUGUUCUGUCGAACGCGACGCAGAGCACCGGCGUGCCACUUGCAGAUUACCAGACAUUUGCAGCCACGACAGCAACGGCUCUGGUUAUAGUGGUCAGUGUGCAGAUUGCUCUUGACACAGGCUUCUGGACAGUUAUAAACCACGUGUUCGUGUGGGGCUCUCUGGGUUUGUAUUUCACCAUCAUGUUAGCGUUGCACAGCCAAACGCUCUUCAGGAUCUUUCCCAAACAGUUCCACUUUGUAGGUUGUGCCCAGAGCACAUUACUGCAGCCGGUGGUGUGGCUCACUAUUGCACUAGCAACAGCAAUCUGCAUAGUUCCAGUUUUGGCCUUCCGUUUCCUCAAGCUGGACCUCAAGCCUCAGCUCUCAGACACGGUUCGCUACAGUCAACUGGUGCGGCAGAAGAGACGGAAACCAGCAGGUCUUGGUAUUGGAGGUCCUUGGCGGGGUGCUGGAAGCAUCUCAGAGAGUCGCCUCGGUGCUCGUGGUGGCUCCAGGUCUGGCUACGCCUUUGCUCACCAAGAAGGCUUUGGAGAGCUCAUCACUUCAGGAAAAAACAUGAGACUCUCCUCUCUGGGCCUGGCCAGCUUUGCCUCCAGACACAGCUCGAGCUGGAUCGAAACGCUCCGCAGGAAGAAUACUCCCCCCAGCUCCUCUGGAGAUUGCAGCCCAGCGCCCAGUAACACAUCUGGAUUGGUUCAACCACUGUCGAACUCUUCUUCUGUUCUGGGCGGCUCACAAGAAACACAGAUCGAUGAGGAAAUCGUCACAGUGCCGUGUCAGAACAUACAAGUCACCCAAACAGCAGCUUCAGAGUCAGCUUCUGCCGAUAAUCCCGCUGCUGCUUCAGCGAAAUCCCAAGGGAUGGACUCACCCGGCGGCUGGACUCUCUCUCUGGGGAAGCUCUGUUUGGUCGGAAGGGUGUUCUGACCUGCGUCGGUGCAUCCAACAGCCAGGACUCACCGUGUGCUGCCAUGUAAACCAGCCAGCUCGUGUAAAAGCAUCAGACGGAUGAAUCCAGCACUUGUUAUUAGAUCUUUUCACACCAACAGAAUGGACUGUGGACAGAGACUGAGCUAAAUUCAAACCACAGCGCACUAGAACAAGAGGAAGCAGCUCAUUCCAGUGACGGAGUUCCUCGUCUCAAUGUUAAAUUUUAUUUUUGGUCACGUAAUUAACCCCUGAAAUGUACGCUCAGCUGUAGCACAGAAAUAGCAGAUAGGGAAACAAAUAAAGAGCUUUUAAUCA